CUCUACGUAAACCAUCAGUUUGGAAAUUAACGAUUAUUCAUACAAAUGAUGUUCAUUCUCGAUAUGAUCAGAUUAAUGAAGCAGCUACAGAUUGUACUCCAGAACAGUUUGAAAAGAAACAAUGUUAUGGUGGAAUUGCUCGACAUAAAACAGUGAUUGAUAGAUUGAGAAGGGAGAAUAAAAAUUCCUUACUUUUAGAUGGUGGUGAUCAGUUUCAAGGAACUUUAUUUUUUACUUAUUAUAAUGGAUCGAUAAAUUCAAAAGUUUUGAAUUUGCUUGAAUACAAUAUCACGGCAAUAGGAAAUCAUGAAUUUGAUAAGGGUCCAGAAACACUCAUCGCUCAUCACUCACGAUUGAAUAUGCCAAUUGUAUGUGCGAACAUCAAUACUACAUUAAACCCUUUACUUGGUGUUAACAUUAAACCAUAUCACAUCUUUGAAGAAUAUAAUCUAGGUGUCAUUGGUUACAUAACCGAUACAACUGGCGGCAUUUCUAAUGCGGGUCCUACUCUAGAAUUUUAUGAUCCAAUACCAAUAGUUCAAAAAUACGUGAAUGAAAUUCGAGCCAUGGGAAUUAAACGUAUUUUAACAGUUUCUCAUAAUGGAUAUGAACCUGAUAAAGAAUUAGCCGCAAAAACUUAUGGUGUUGCUGUGCAUAUUGGAGGUCAUAGUCAUACUCUUCUCUCUAAUGAUACUACCUCCAAAGAUUAUCAUUUAGCAUUGGGUCCUUAUCCUACUACUGUCAAGAAUGCUAUAGGCGAAGAUACUUUGAUUGUGCAGGCAUUUUGGUCUGGCAAAUAUGUAGGGCAUUUGGAUGUAUCAUUUGACAAAGAAGGAAAAGUAGUCGAAUAUUCAGGUGCCCCAAUUCUAGUAGAUCAAUCAAUUCCUCAAGAUCCUGAAAUAGCUGAAUUAGUAAAACAAUGGAGAGAACCGUUUGAUGAGUAUACAAAAACUGUGAUUGGAAAUGCUGUUGCACCAUUCGAUCAAAGGUCAUGUCAAAGAACUGAAUGUACAAUGGGUAACUUAGUAUUAGAUUCUUUCUUAUGGUCUCAACGAAAAAUUAGCAAAGUUUAUGCUGCAAUCAUGAAUUCCGGUGGAAUUCGAUCAGGAUUAAUGGAAGGAAAUAUCACUCGCGAAAAUAUUAUAACUAUUCUACCAUUUAGUAAUUCUAUGGUAAUUUUAGAUAUGAGUGGUCAAAAUAUUACAGAUUUAUUGGAAAGUGCAACGGGAAGGUGGAAAAAUAUUAUUUCUGGAAAAAGAGUUACUAGUUUUAUCCAAGUAUCUGGUAUCAGGUUUAAGUAUGAUAGUAGUAAACCAAUAUUUAAACGAGUAUUGGAAGUGAACAUACAGAAUCCUGAUACUGAAGUAUUUGAGCCGUUAGAUCUUAAAAAAACUUAUAAAAUUGUUACAGUCGAUUUUGUUGCCAAUACCGGUGAUGGAUUACUUCCAUAUCCUAUUCAAGAUUUAAUUCCUUUAGAUGGUCCGGACACAGUUCUAACAAAUUUUAUUCAAUAUAAAAAAACUGUUGAGCCAUAUUUAGACGGUCGUAUUCAUGAUGUUAAUCCUAAAACUAAUAUUCACAGUACCGUAUCACCUCAUGAACCUAUUCAUUUUGGUUAUUUUGAUAAUGACCAAAUUUUAAGUGAGAGUAUGGAAACCCAGAUGGAAGGUAAUAUAAAACCUGAUAGACAGGUUGUAUUUAAAAUUGCGGGUUUAUAA